UUUUUUUUUCACAGAAUAAACGCUAGUGGUGUGGCCACGCUUCUUAUCGACUCAAUUCAAACUUCUGUUUUCUGUCACGUGGGCGAUUUUGGAUGUGGAGGUGGAGUUUGGACCCCUGUUAUGAAAAUUGAUGGGAACAAGGUCAUUUUUUAAAAUCAAUUUCUUUCUUUAGCUAAGCCGAAAACAAGAGAUCGAAAGAUUUAAUUCACGGCUUGAGCGCUUAAAAAAAAGUCUAGGCCACUAAAGAUUUCCAGUCUGCUGUAAUUUACCCCAACUCAAGCUACACCGGUUCCCUGUAAGUUCUACACUUCUGAGAUUGAGACAAAACAAUUAUAUAUUGAUGAGGCUCAUGUUUGCGAUAUGACUUUAAUUGUGAAUUGUUAUUUCUUGAUUCUUAAAAUAGUAUUUAUAGUCCCCUCCAGGAAUUCUCUUUCAUUGUUUUACGUUAAAAUGUCAAAGGUUAUCAAUGAUCGAUCGGUUUGUGUUAAACGUUAUCUAUGAUCGGUUUAACACCGCUGUCUUUCCAAUGAGUUUAUGCUGGCUCAGAUUUUCUUUGACACUGGUGGGACGUUUUGAACAGCUUAAGGUCCGAACGCACUGGACUGACAGAAUUUGUCUGGCCCUACCAAAAAUCUCGACAAAAUUUGUCUCUGCCAAAUCUGUCUCUGCGCACUGAGACACAGCAAAAUAUUUGUUAAUCACACGUGUCAAUCACAUGAGACAAGAGCCUCCAUCGCAACGUUCGAAGAACUUUCGGAUCUACCAAACAUAGCAGGCGCCGUCGAUGGGACACAUAAAAAAAUAAGGCUCCAAAAGAAAGUGCUGUCGACUACUUUAGCCGAUAUAAAUUGAACAGUACUUGGCCCUGGAGAUGCAGCUGGAACAUGGACUUGGGAACCGUAAUAGUUUUAUUCUGAGUAAGGAUCAUUAUGUAGCAUAUCGAGGUACGAAUCUGCCAUCUUCACCGUUUGAUUGCCGCACACCAAAGAAAUAAUUUCGGUGGGCUUCGGAUUGAAAUACUCUGACUAAAAAUAGAGAUAAAAUUUUCUUGAAUAACAUGUUCCUUCAAAUCAUGGCUUGUAAAUUGAAAAAUCUGUCAGAUUUCAUGCCUGACAAAAAUUUGUCCUGCUCGGAGGCAGGACGACCGCUUCUUUGAAUUUUGGUAAGCCUCGACAAAAUUUGGUAGAUCUAAAAAUCACCGGGCGCACUUGUAUCAGGGAACUGAUGACAGAUUUUUUCGCAAAAUAAACAAAACUUUGCCCAGUGCGUCCGGGCCCUUAUUUACUUGUAUUUCAUGUCUACUCAAAGAUGAUUCUCUCCUAUUCCUAAUCAGCAAACUUUUCAUUAUGAUUCCAAUUUUUGGGGAAACAAGAAAGAAUACAACCUUCCUGGAGGAGAGACUGGGUUUGACCAAGAGGAAACCAAGUUACCGACCUACUGGAACACUUCGUUCGCCAAAAUUUGUCUUGGUAUGAAAGUCGACCAACAGCUCAGGUUCGUUGUCAUCAGCAUGCAGGCUGACUCGCUGCACUCACUGAUUUCUGACGGACACUACCGCUCUACCUCAUUGGGUCGUGACACGUGGAAGUCGCUGAUUGGUCCACAAGGCUCCUUACAGCCUAAAUGUAACAAAGAAGGGUUCAAUGUCGAACCGGAGAUUCCUUCCUGGAAGCAUAAAGCUUCCCGAGCAAGAAUUGGCAUUGUCGCCAACAACAAUAAUAAUUGCCUUGAUGUUGAUUCAAGAAUCGGUUUUGGUACAGGAGGGCCACACGAUAACGAAAACACGUGUGGAAUCGAUGCACGCAUGAAACUUCUUGAUAAUGGAGAAAGACACAUUAAAGCCAUGGGAUACAUCUUUGUGCAAUGA